ACGUACACAAACACUGAAACGCAGGCUCUUCUUCUUCUUCUUCCCUGUGAAUCUUCGUGCACUGUUUCUUUGACAAUGACGGACACCACGGAUGACAUAGCGGAGGAAAUAUCGUUCCAGAACUUCGACGACGACUGCAAGUUGCUUGGAAGUCUGCUCAACGAUGUCUUGCAGCGCGAGGUCGGAGGCAAAUUCAUGGAGAAAGUCGAGAGGAACCGUACUCUCGCUCAGAGUGCUUGUAACAUGAGGAUGGCUGGGAUCGAGGACAUGGCGGAGCUGUUAGAGAAGCAGCUGGCUUCAGAGAUAUCGAAGAUGACAUUGGAGGAAGCCUUGACCCUCGCUCGCGCAUUCAGCCAUUAUCUCAAUUUGAUGGGUAUUGCCGAAACACAUCACAGAGUUCGUAAGGUACGAAAUGUGGUGCCUCUUUUAAAAUCCUGUGACGACAUCUUUAAUCAGCUGGUGCAGGGUGGAGUUCCCCCAGAUGAGCUUUAUGAAACUGUUUGCAAGCAGGAGGUUGAAAUUGUUCUUACUGCGCAUCCCACACAAAUUAAUCGUCGCACUUUACAAUACAAGCACAUUAGAAUUGCUCAUCUCUUAGACUACAAUGACCGAUCUGAUCUUGGUUUUGAAGAUCGAGAAAUGCUGAUUGAAGAUCUGGUGAGAGAGAUAACUUCAAUAUGGCAGACAGAUGAGCUUAGGCGCUACAAACCCACACCAGUUGAAGAAGCCAAGGCUGGCUUGAACAUUGUGGAGCAGUCCCUUUGGAAAGCUGUACCUCAUUACUUACGCCGUGUCAGCAAUGCCUUGAAGAAGCAUACUGGAAGGCCUCUUCCAUUAACUUGCACACCAAUAAAAUUUGGGUCUUGGAUGGGGGGUGAUAGAGAUGGAAACCCGAAUGUAACAGCAAAGGUCACAAAAGAUGUCUGUCUCCUAUCUAGGUGGAUGGCUAUUGACCUCUACAUUCGAGAAGUUGAUAGCAUCAGAUUUGAACUAUCCAUGAAUCGGUGCAGUGAUAGAUUGUCAAAACUGUCGCAUGAAAUUCUGGAAGAAGAAACUUCAUCUGAUGUUCGGCAUGAGAGUUGGAAUCAAUCUUUGAACGGAAGUCAAACAAAGCUUCAUGGCCAACAAGCUCCAACCAUUCCAACCCAUCUUCCAGCUCGAGCAGAUCUGCCCUCUUGUACUGAAUGCAAUGAUGGUGAAUCUCAGUACAUCAGAGUAGAAUUUCCCAGCACUGAUAACAAUACACUGAAUCGUCAGGAUUUACGUCAGAAUUUACGUGUGUCAUUACAAAAUGGGAAUUCACCUAAUUCUAGCUCUCCAAAGUCAGCUGUAACACCACGGUCUUCUUCUUUCAACUCUAGUCAACUCCUUGCUCAAAGGAAACUAUUUGCAGAAUCCCAGAUAGGAAGGUCCAGCUUCCAGAAGCUUUUAGAACCUAGGGUCUCUCAAAGUCCUGGAAUUUCUCCUUAUAGAAUUGUCCUCGGGAAUGUAAAAGAUAAGCUCAUGAAGACACAAAAGCGUCUGGAGCUUCUUCUUGAAGAUCUUCCUUGUGAAUACGAUCUGUGGGACUACUAUGAAACAUCAGAUCAAUUAUUGGAACCACUUCUCCUAUGUUAUGAGUCUUUGCAAUCUUCUGGAUCUGGGGUGCUUGCUGAUGGUCGGCUUGCUGAUCUGAUCCGAAGAGUUGCUACUUUUGGGAUGGUAUUGAUGAAGCUCGACUUGCGUCAGGAAUCUGGUAGACAUGCUGAUACACUAGAUGCAAUAACCAGAUAUUUGGAUAUCGGUACAUACAGUGAGUGGGAUGAAGGAAAGAAACUGGAAUUUUUAACGAGAGAGCUGAAAGGGAAGAGGCCACUAGUUCCCCAAAGUAUUGAGGUUGCUCCUGAUGUUAAAGAAGUCCUAGACACCUUUCGCGUAGCUGCUGAGCUUGGAAGUGAUUCACUUGGAGCCUAUGUGAUUUCUAUGGCUUCAAAUGCAAGCGACGUCCUUGCCGUUGAGCUUUUGCAGAAAGAUGCAAGACUUGCUGUUAGUGGGGAAUUAGGAAGACCAUGUCCUGGUGGAACGCUUCGAGUGGUUCCUCUGUUUGAAACUGUGAAGGACUUGAGAGGAGCUGGAGCGGUGAUCAGGAGAUUAUUAUCAAUUGAUUGGUAUCGAGAGCACAUCAUAAAAAACCAUAAUGGCCAUCAAGAGGUUAUGGUUGGAUACUCUGAUUCCGGUAAAGAUGCUGGGCGUUUCACUGCUGCAUGGGAACUUUACAAAGCCCAAGAAGAUGUUGUGGCUGCAUCCAAUGAAUAUGGUAUUAAAGUUACUCUAUUUCAUGGGCGUGGAGGGAGUAUUGGUCGUGGUGGUGGCCCGACGUAUCUAGCCAUUCAAUCCCAACCACCUGGCUCUGUGAUGGGCACUCUUCGGUCAACUGAGCAAGGAGAAAUGGUACAGGCAAAGUUUGGGCUACCACAGACAGCUGUUAGACAGCUGGAGAUAUACACAACAGCUGUGCUGCUUGCAACUCUACGUCCUCCACUCCCACCCCGAGAAGAGAAAUGGCGAAAUCUCAUGGAAGAGAUCUCAAAAAUCAGUUGCCAGAAUUACAGGAGUGUUGUCUAUGAAAAUCCAGAAUUCCUUUCUUACUUCCACGAGGCUACACCUCAAGCUGAGCUUGGCUUCCUUAACAUAGGAAGCCGUCCUACGAGAAGAAAGAGCUCUACUGGAAUUGGACACCUUCGUGCCAUACCAUGGGUCUUUGCAUGGACCCAAACCAGGUUCGUUCUUCCGGCUUGGCUUGGAGUAGGAGCAGGUCUGCAGGGUGUUUGCGAGAAGGGACAUACUGAUGACCUAAAAGCAAUGUACAAAGAAUGGCCUUUCUUUCAAUCCACCAUAGACCUUAUAGAGAUGGUUCUAGGGAAGGCGGAUAUACCCAUUGCCAAGCACUAUGAUGAAGUCCUUGUCUCGAAGAGUAGGCAAGAACUUGGUUCCAAAUUAAGGAGGGAGCUCUUGACAGCAGAGAAGAACGUUCUGGUGGUUAGUGGGCACGAAAAACUUUCUGAGAAUAAUCGGAGCUUGAGGAGGCUGAUAGAGAGCAGACUUCCCUUUCUCAAUCCUAUGAACAUGUUGCAAGUGGAGAUACUAAAGAGGUUGAGAUGUGAUGAUGAUAACCACAAACUCAGAGAUGCAUUGCUUAUCACCAUAAAUGGAAUUGCAGCCGGAAUGAGGAACACAGGUUAAGCAAAGUCUUCUGGAUUAAACAUGAAUGAAGCGCUCACCCUUUUUUUUUUUUUUUUUUUCUGUGAAUGGGGCUGUUACUUGAUGACAAUCAAAGAUCAUCAUAUCUGAAUGUGGGAUUAGGUUUUGCUGAAAGAGUUGUAUCCUCUGGAUUAUGCUAGAUAUCCAUGUUUGUUUUAAUACUGGCAAUAUAUAUAUAAUAAUGACUCUGUUGGUCGGUCA